ACUCGUUGACGUUGGCCGAAUAUUUCCCCAAAAAUGAGCGAAGAAAGUGGGACUGCGGUAUUCUCGGCGUCUUCUCCCUCUGAAAGGCGCUCGAAAAUUUCAUAUUCAAGAGAGUUUCUUCUCUCCUUAGCCAAAGCGGAUGGUACGGUAAAAUUGCCAAGGGAGUUUAAGCUCUCAUCUCCAUGUUUUUUAGAAGAUGCAUCGGGUCUUCUAUCGCCGCCUUUCUGUGUUCCUGCUAAUCAUCUACUGCAUCGGAAUAAUGAACCCUAUCGGCCUCCUUGCAUCUACAAGGCAUUCCCUCCUUCAAGUAGCGAUGGUAAGGACUUGCUUAUUAGUGAUACACCCGGAUCUGCCGAGAGCACAAAUCAAGAUAAAGCAAAAGCAGAAGGCGAAAGAUGGAGAAAAGUUACAGUCAGACUGCCAAAGGAGGAAAUUUGGUAUUCAAGCAAAAACACUGAUUCUGAAGAAUAUUCAGGCACAACUCUGGUGUCUCCAGCAACCAGACACUUGAAUGUUUCACAAAGAGAAAGUCUGAUUCAACCAUCCAAAGUACCAAAGGCUACCAAAGGUUGUUGUCUCCAGCACCACCAGAUGGUGAAUCCACCAGGAACUCCUCUUGUCAUGGAACCGUUACAGGGAAGCAAACCACCAAAUUUCUUAAGCCAGGAGAACUGUGGGAAUAACCAAAAGAAUCAUGGUGAAGUGGAAUAUGAAACCCUUAUCCAGGAGAUGAAACUAAGUAAUAUACCAGUUUGUGUCCAUGUUUCUCCACCAGCAAUCGAAAUAUGUGAUCUCUCAGAGUCGGACACUUCUACUACUUCUCCUGUAGAAGGUGACAAACAGUCAAGUUCUUACAGCAGCAGCAUAGAUGGAAGAUCAAAUUCUAGCUUUGAACUUUGUUUGCCUGAUGAGGAGAGUUUGAUUUGCUUUGAUGGACCAUUCUUGAUGUCUGAUGUGGAAAAAUUGACAAUGGUUGAUGAUUCAAUGUCUAGUAGCGCCCCAAGCUCACCUCGCAAUAUGAUUGAGAAGCUAGUAGAAUCUUUACUCAAUGAUGAAAGCUGUCCUGCACCACAUCUGAACGAUCGUAUAGUGCAUCAUGGAGCUGGAUUGGAAGGCUAUGGUUAUCUUCCGCAUGCACAGCAUUCUUACACAGAGUUCUGUUCCAAUCAACUGAAUCUGCAAAGGGAUGAACAAAUGCAUAGUAGUUUCCAGAAAAACUCCAUCUAUUCAGCAAUGUCUUCUUAUGCAGCAUCUCACUCUCUCCCAUCCAGCACAGCUUGUCAACCCUUCGCUCUUUCUCACGAUGAGCUGAGAAGAGUUCAUGAUCAGCUGAAAAGGGCUGAUAAUCGAAUUGAUUCUCAUAGUGAUAGCAACAUCAAUCAUGAAUUUGCACGCAAGGCAGUGGCACCCGUACUUCAAAUUUCGUGA